AUGGUCUCAACGCGUACACAUCUGCUUAUACUCAAACACUAUUUUUCUGUUCUUAAGGUGCAAGAUUGCCAUGUUUUAAAAUACAUCUCAAAGGAAGAGUCGGGUGGAGAAACAUCGAAGCUACUUGUUGGAGGCAAAAAUGUGUCUCCUUUUUUUAAAUCAGAGUCUGCAAUGGAAAUGUUUAAAGAAGCCGGAGUACCACGGAAACAGAAAGUUACAACAUUUAAUGUAACUGACGAUGCUAUAAUUAAACCAGGUACUCCUUUGUAUGCUGCUCACUUCCGCCCAGGGCAGUUCGUGGAUGUUACUGCAAAAACAAUUGGUAAAGGAUUUCAAGGUGUCAUGAAAAGGUGGGGAUUUAAAGGUCAGCCUGCAAGCCAUGGCCAGACGAAAACUCACAGACGUCCUGGAGCAAUAUCUACCAAUAAAGCUGGCAAAGUUUAUCGCGGAAAGAAAAUGCCUGGUAAAAUGGGUAACGUCUAUAGGACAUCUUUUGGAUUAAAGGUGUGGAGGAUCAAUACAAAACAUGACAUUAUUUAUGUAAAUGGGUCUGUUCCAGGUCACACAAAUUGUCUGGUGAAGGUCAAAGAUAGCAAAUUGCCUACUUACAAGGACUGCAAUAAAAACCCUCCAUUCCCUACGUUUUUUGCUGAUGGAGAUGAAAAACUACCGGAAGACCUAUAUGACGAGGAGAUCUUCCAGUUCACGGAUCCAUCUGUCAAAUAUGCAUAAUGUUCUUCACAUCUUCGAAAGCACACAAUUUUGUUAUUUUCAUGAACUUUGCAACGCCGUAUAAAAGUAAACCUGUGAAUUGCAGUCUGGCCAACUGACUUGAACGCUUCAGAUAUUGCCUUUUUGAUCAGGUAAUAAGUUUUACCACUGUUAAUUUCAAACCUGUAUUUAAAGCAGCAAGUGAGUCUGAGAGGCAAGUUGUAAAGCACACCAAACGGUUUGUCUUCAGUUAUCUUUUGUCUUCUGUCUCAGGCUGUGAAAACUUACACACUUCUGAAAAACUUUUGUUUUGAAGAUGGAUCCAUUUAAUUUCCUGAAUGCUACCAAACUCAGUUUCUUUUUUGUGGAAAGUAUUCUGGCCAGCUCUGACCAAUCAAAAAA